AUGUCUCGACUUCUCUCAGUCCUUCUCCUCUCUCUUCCCUUUGCCCUCUCAGCAGACUUUGAAAGCGUCACCAUCAGUGCCAACCUCGACAACGUUGGCCAUACAUGUAUCAGCAAGUGUCUCUACUACACCGUUCUGUCCGAUAUGGGCAGGGCUAUGGGGUGUGAUGACCCCUAUGAUAACAACUGCUACUGCGCUACCGCAGCUGCAUCUGCCAACAAAGCUGAUGGUUUUAUGUCCAAGUGUGCCACCUCAUUGUGCUCAGCUGGCGAUCGCUCUCGAGACUUGACUUCCAUGCAAUCCUACUACGCUUCGUACUGUAUGGGUGCAGGCUUCACGCAACCUGGUGCUACUGAGUGGUACAACCCCGCUGAAGCUACAGAGGAACCCACGAAUGAGCCUACCGCAUAG